AUGCCUGUGGACUACAGCAAAUGGGACGCGCUCGAACUGAGUGACGACAGCGACAUCGAAGUACACCCAAAUGUCGACAAACGCUCCUUCAUCCGAGCCAAACAGAAUCAGAUCCACCAACAACGCCUGGACAGGAAGCACCGGAUCACGACACUGCAGUACGAGCGGGUGGUGAACGACGGGCUUCUGUCGCGAAUCGAUGCUUUGCUGAAAGCUUUGGACAUCCACAAGACCGAGAUUGAGGGUAAGAAAGAUGCCGACAGCAUCGACGAGGUGGUGUUCGAUUGUCUAUCGGAUGUGGCAGGCAACACGAGCCUUGGAGAGGACCAGCCACCGGGCGCACCUCCAGGUGUACAUUCGAAAGAGCAGCAGCCAAGCUAUAGCAAGAUGAUGGGUGCACUUGUGGAUCAGGUCAAAGAGCAGGUCGAGAAAACACAUGCCGAAGGCCCAGCACGCUACACGGCGUACAUCAGGGAAGUCGAGAGUCACAACCAGAAAGUGAAGCAGCUGCAGAAGGAUCUCAGCGUCGAGCUCACGAGGUUGGAGAAGGAAGAGGGCAGCAAGAUCACGAGCGAAUCGAUACACACCGGUUUCGACACGUCGCACGUGAGCAAGGCCAAAGCUGUACAGCCAGAGGCAGCCGCUACUAAGAAGGGCAAAACGACUCAACCCGAAUUGCUCAAUGCGUCAUCGGUCGAGCAGAUUGGAGGUCCGACUCCAGGAUCUGAGGCAGACAUCGAAGACGACGCUUUGGACCCAGCACCCGGCGAGGAUGAUGAAGAUAUGGAGGCUUCUGCGACCGGAAAAGCUUUCGGCAGGAUUGCGUUUGGAGACUACAGAACCAGCCUGCAGUUCAUCGGUCAACACCCCGAAAUUCUUUCUGAGCGAGAGACCGAUGGUCUGUUGGCUGAAGCUUUCAACGCGCAGAUGAAGGCGAAGACCAAGAAGGAGACGGAAUACGCUCGGCAAUGUGUGCAUCAAGCACUGUUGUUGCAAUACUGUCGUCAGCUUGGGAAGGACGGCGUUGGUCUCUUCUUCCAGAGGGUGCAGACGCCCAAUCACCAAGCCCGCAAGCUCUUCCUGGACGAUGUGAAUUCCACCUACGAUCGGAUACGGACGAGGACGGCGGAACUUUCCAGAGAGGCACAGGAGGAGAGUGGCGAUAAGGAGCAGAUUCAGCUGCAUGCCGUCGAUCCGAACACGACCAUUAACAUCGUCACUCCUCCGCCUCUCGAUCAAUGUCAAUCAGAUGACGAGAGGGCCAGCAGACAGAUCUUCGACACCUUCCCGCCUGGCUUGCAGAGAGCUCUCGAAAGUGGCAGCCUGGACAAGGUCAACGAGGUACUGGGUAAGAUGAGCGUUGACGAAGCUGAGCAGAUUGUUGAACAACUUGGAGAUGGCGGAAUGCUCAGUCUGGAAGAAGGCGUGAUCGACGGCACGACCGAUGAGGGCAAGAAGCAGAUUGAAGAGAUUGAGCGCACGCACCAGAUGCCUGGCAAGGACAAAGUUGUGGAGGUUGAGGAAAUGGACUAA